AUGGGUCCGGAGGCAUCGACGUUGGUUGAUUUCUGUGAUGAUUGGUUAGGUAGUGCUAAUGAUACAUUGGGUAUUCCUCCUGCUAUCCAAGCAAGGCCUUUUCUAUCUGAACGUUGGCAGGAAUUACAAGCCAUGGAGAACCAGCUUGGUGUUAACAUUCAUCAAAGUAUUCGUACAUUCCUACAGAGCCAAAAAAAAGAUCUGGUGAAUUACACUCAUCAGAUGAUCCCCAGCAAGUGCAUGUCCUUGUUAAGAACACCGGAUUUGGACUCGCUCAAGAGACUUGCCAAACACGACCUGCUCCCCAACAUCCAUGACCAAAAAAACGCCCAAUAUCUCUCACGCAAAAUCAAAGACAAACAUUAUAAAACGGCGACCCACACAUUCUGCAUUGAAGUGGCAGACCUGCUACAUGUUGCACGCCAAAAACAACAUGAAGCCGCCAGAAUUAUGACUCAUUGGACCGCCAGUCCUCAUCAAGCUGUCGCCAGCGAUUGGGUCGCCUACGGCUUCCUACUCAACAAUCUUGAAGCCGCCAGAACACCCACCAUCGGAACAAUCGCAGAUGAACAACCCACUCCUAAACCCGUCAGCGACGUCCGAAAAUACCUUGAACCUAUUUUGAAAGAAACCGACCCUGCAGAAUACUUGGUCUUCACGAGAACGGCACAACCAGACACAAGAGACAGACAACCGGAACCCAAGAGCCAACCGGGGCGACAGGCUGAUGAAAUAUCUUCUGAGAACCAACCACCACCUACUGCGACCAGUACUGAGAAUCCACCACAAUUUUUCUACGCUGGAUUCACUCAAAGCGACCAACCUCUCCGCCCCAGCUCUGAUGAGCCACCUGCCUCUGAUGACGAACCACUUGUUUCUGAUGAACCGACCAUCUCCGAUAAUGAUUCAGACAACUCUCAGAAGCCGCCCGCCCUCGCCCCUGAGAAGCCACCCGCCUCUGGUGGACCAGCCGGGCUCAACCAACAACUUCCGGCCCAUGCACCACACGUAGAUCAUCUCAGCGACAUGCCGCCAUCCUCACAGCUAUCGGGCACUUCCUCGGACGAACCCUCCCCAGGCAAACCUUCCUCAAGUGAACCUUCAUCCGAGAAGGCUUCGUCCGAGAAGGCUUCAUCCGAGGAGACUUCAUCCGAGGAGGCUUCACCCGAGGAGGCUUCACCCGAGGAAGAUUCUGACCCUCCCGCGGGAAAGCCCGCGGGCGGUCUCCACAGCUCCAUCGUCCUUUCUUCGCCCAAGGAAGGUCCCGCCGGAUCCGCUGCGGACCACGGAGUGGAGCACGCAGAUGCAGAGGACUCUGUGGCUGACGCGCAGCAGUCCGUGGCCGGGCAGGACGAAACGCCUCCCGCUUAG